AUGCCCCCAAGCUCCAUUGAGUUACUGACAUACCCAGUCACAACCGAAAAGUCCUCCAUCGAGUUUGGAGAUACAGAAAAUAUUGAAGUUAUCAAAGCAGAUAUAAAACCAACGUUUACAGUUAAAGUCAAACACAUGGUAGAAAGCUCCAAAAGGUUUUCUAAUUUUUUACCAGCUGUUGUUGACACCAUUCAUUUUUUCAGGGAAUGUUUUUUAACGAUGUAUAAGAAGCCAUCAAAUGGAUUCAAGGCCAUUUUCACGCACCCUUUACUGUUCUCGAUAGUGUUUAUGGUCAGUGGUGGAUUGUUGAAUGGGUUGAUGAUUCCACUUGCCCAAGAAUUUCAGCGUCAGUGGCAAAGACAGCAUGCCAACAUUGUGCUCCACCAAUUUGUUUUGGAUGAUGUUCUAUUUGGGAUCUUCCCAUUUGUGGAUUUGGUUGCGUUUGCUGACAAGUACCUUGGUUUCUUUGUUGUGAUGUCUGCUGUCAGAUUCUUCAUGACACCAGGGCGUCUUGUUGUUCUUCGUCGUUUUACUUUUCUAAUGGGUGUGAACUUCUUCCUGCGAUCAGUCUGUUUGUAUUUCACAUUGCUGAGUGACCCAUCACAGAACAUUUCUGAUGUUGAUGGAAAUCCACUUCUUGAGACGUUCC